GCCACCACUACCACCCCACCAUCCCCGGCUCGCAACCAUGGCAGACUCCAUCGUAGCGUCCCUCUCGUCGCUCAGCAUCUCCUCUGCCUCGACCAUCUCCCAUGCAGCCCCUACAGCAGAGGCCAGCUGGGCAUCGCAGCUUCCCAAGGGCGUACUGGCAACCAAGACUCUCCUCUUCAAGCCCAAGACCGCCAAGUCUGCUGCUGUCAAGCCUGUGCUUGUCGUGGCUCUCGACUCCACAGAUGUGGGCUCUUCUGGUGUGCUGGCAAAGGAGAUUGGCAUCAAGGAGAUGAGAGCAGCAGGAGACGAUGUAUGGCAGGAGUGGUUCGGUGCUGCAAAGGAGACAGCGUCCCCGCUCUCGCUCUCAUCAAAGUCGGCCCCCGAAGGCUCUCACCCUGUCACCCUCGUUCUGGACUCGGCCAUCCCAAAGCUCCCCUCGGACGCUAAGCUCGCCUUCCAUGCUCCUGGCUCGCAAACAGAAUCCAUCACAAUCCCCGCCUCUGACUUUUCCAAGUUCAUCGAAUCGCACAAGAUCGAAACUCAGCCGGUAGAUUUCGUAGAGCUCAAGACAAAGACGCCCGCUGCAGCUACCAAGCCUGCAGCAGGCGCAGCUCCCGCCAAGUCGGCUGCUGCUGCGUCAGGAUCCAAGGCUUCGGCCAAGAUCGAGGAUGCAGAACUGAUCGGUAUCACUGUGAGGAAAGGAGGAGACUUUCCCGAAUGGUAUCAGCAGGUGCUGAGGAAGGGAGAUAUGCUGGACUACUAUGAUGUGAGCGGAUGCUACAUUUUGAAGCCUUGGAGUUACUCAGUAUGGGAGGCCAUCACAAAGUUCUUCGAUAGCGAGAUCAAGAAGCUCGGCGUACAAAAUUGCUACUUCCCCAUGUUCGUCUCCUCUGAUGUCCUGGAGCGAGAAAAGGACCACAUCGAGGGCUUCGCUCCCGAGGUAGCGUGGGUCACACGAGCCGGAAAGAGCGAGCUGGAGCGACCCGUCGCUAUCCGACCCACCUCGGAGACUGUCAUGUACCCAUACUACGCCAAGUGGAUUCAGAGCCAUCGUGACUUGCCCCUCAAGCUCAACCAGUGGAACUCAGUCGUCAGGUGGGAGUUCAAGCACCCUCAGCCUUUCCUGCGCACGAGAGAAUUCCUUUGGCAAGAAGGCCACACUGCUCACAUCUCUCUUGCCGAGGCGGACAAGGAAGUGAGGCAGAUCCUGGACCUGUACAGGAGGGUGUACGAGGACCUGCUAGCCGUUCCAGUCGUGCCCGGUGUCAAGUCUGAGAAGGAGAAGUUUGCCGGAGGCUACUACACUACCACUGUGGAAGGCUUUGUCCCUACCACCGGUCGAGGCAUUCAGGGAGGCACAUCGCACUGCCUUGGCCAGAACUUCUCCAAGAUGUUCAACAUCUCCGUCGAGGACCCUGCCGCUGCCGAGGGCAAGCGAGGAACAGCAGAAGGUAGACUGUUCGUCUGGCAAAACUCGUGGGGUCUCUCCACGCGUACCAUUGGUGUGAUGGUCAUGGUGCACGGAGACGACAAGGGACUGGUGAUGCCUCCUCGCGUAUCUCAGAUCCAGCUGGUCGUUGUCCCCUGUGGUAUCACUGCCAGGACUACACAGGAGGAGAGGACCAAGAUUGAGGACGCUUGUGCCGAUGCCGAAAAGGAGCUCCUCGCUGCGGGCGUCCGUGCCAAGGCCGAUCUGCGUGAGUCGUACUCUCCAGGCUACAAGUUCAACGAUUGGGAGAUGCGCGGUGUUCCCAUUCGAAUGGAGAUUGGUCCCAAGGAUCUGCAGAACAAGUCGCGCAUGCUGGUUCGAAGAGACGAUGGUACCAAGACUUCGCAGCCCGCCGAGGGUAUUGCGCAACACGUCCUCCAGCUGCUGGACACGAUUCACCACGACAUGUUCAAGCGGGCCGACGAUGAGUACCGCUCUCACCGCAAGGUCGUGACACAGUGGAGUGACUUCACCACGGAGCUGAACAAGAAGAACCACGUGGUGAUUCCUUGGUGCGAGGUGGAAGCGUGCGAAGAUGCCAUCAAGGAUCGAUCUGCCAGGGUUGCGGAGCAAGGGGCUGAGCAGGAGGCGGCGGAUGAGAGGGCUCCUUCGAUGGGUGCCAAGAGCUUGUGCAUUCCCUUUGACCAGGAUCAGUUUGGAGAUGUCAAGGGAAAGAAGUGCCCACAGUGUGGAGUGGAUGCAAAGAGGUGGACCAUGUUCGGCAGGUCUUACUGAGCGGGGUUGGGUGGAGGACAGCAAAGAGGUGGAUGGAAGUAGGCUUGUAUCAUGUGGCUUUCGGUCAGAUUGUGGUAGAGCAACUUGCCUGCGUAUAUUACUGAAAAGGACUUUACAGCGCUUCAGU